AAUUAUACUAUUUGGCUGUUUCAUAUUGCAGAAGGCCACAUCAUCUGAUAACCUGCAGUCUAUUGAUGCAAAUCCAGUGGAAGAGAUAAAAGGCAAUCUAGAAAUCUUGAUUGAUUUUACUGAUAGCGAGCCUCCUGAUGCUGCAACAGCACUGAAAGCAGAGCAAACCUCCCCAUCUAAUAAUAGUGGUAAUGAGUCCUUGUGUGAAGUCUCUUCAAAGGAGAAGGCAUCUCAAGCUCCAUGUGCAAAUUCUUUAGAAUCUUUGCUAUUCGAACUGUCAAGUCCCUCUUUUGGAGCUGAAUGUAACAAGUCCAAAACUCCAAGUGAUAAUGAUUCUUCAUUAACUGCAUCUGGAGGCAGGACAACUGGUGUUGUCUAUAAUGAUGUCGGUGUUUCUACUUCAUCCAUUACCAAUGUGCAUAUUCAAUCUACUAAUGGAGGUUCUCCUCACUCGCCACAUGUUAUUACUGGUGAACCUGUUAUGAAACUUCCUGGUAUACUGCAGUUUCAUAGCACACAGCAACAUCAGCUUUCCUCUCUAUCAGCUAGAAAUAGUACCUCUAAUACACAACAGACUACUUCGUCAGUUAUGGUGCUAAAUAACAAGCCUUGGACACCGUCAACCACACCUAAUACUCAAGGACUGUCUAAUGCUUCUGUUGGGCAAUCAUCUAAGUAUGUGCCAGAACUUGCACAGGAUACCAUGGCUGGAGUUGGGUCAGGGUGUAACCAAACAGAGACAGAAUCUAGUGGAAGAAAGGAACUUCCAGCAGAUCUUUUUACAGCAAGCUACUCAGAAGCAAAUCUGCAAGUUCCUAGCUGGCAACCCGGCCCGCAUCAUGGUGUGGGAUUUGGCAUGCAGUAUUAUCCUAACCCAGUGGUCAUGGGAGGAUUCCCAUGCUCUGUGAAGUCAACAAACCCAUUUGACCUUAACAGUGAUAGAAAUCCAACACAAGUAUCACCAUUUCCCUCCAUGGAAUCUCUGGUAGGAGCGAUCCCUAAUGUUUCAGCCCCUACAGGCUUGUUCCAGUCUUCCAGUUCAAGUUCCAGUACUGUCACAUCUCAAUCACCAUUUGCUUCUGGAGUGACUCCUGAUGCAUAUAUGGGGCAACAAGUCAAUAUGCCACCUUCCAGGCUACAAGGAGUUGCUUGUUUUGGCAUUGAUGGAGAUGCCUUUGGCACGUCAAAAGUGGUAGUCCGACCUCCUAGUGGAUACCCAGCAGCCAUGAACAACAAUUAUUUUCAUUCAAGAAGAGGAAACCCAUUUGGAUAGAUGGAUUUUAGCAUUAUCCAUUCUAUUUGAUUGUAUUUGUUUCUGGCCUCCUAGCCUCUGACUGAAAAGUCUAGCAUCUUUUCAGCUGGAAUUAAAUAGACAGGUUGUCUGAAUGAGGUGAUGUCUUUCCUUAUCAUCUGGCCAACAGAUACUGGAUAUAUGCACACUGCAAGCAAUUUGGAGGUCUGAAAUUGACCAUUCUGGGUUUAAGUUAAGUUCUGUGAAUAUAUUAGACAUAAAGGAGAA